CCGCUGUGAUGAUCCAGAUUCCAGAUGUGGGACGACCCCCCUGUUCCCACUGCCGGAGAUCUGCCGCCUGGGUUCCAUUACGUGCCGGGCCGUCACAGGCCGAGCUAUGAAGCUGCCGCCUGGCAUUAUGAGCCGAGGCACGUCAUGUUCGGCAAGGAAGACGAUAAGCAGCCAUCGUUUAUCGAAAUCGGGUUCCAUCGCCUUGGCCCCUUCUUCAGGUUGUCUCCCGGGAGUGCUAAUGUCUCAAGGGCAGCCCCAACAGUCCGACAAUGGGGAACUCUGAACAAGAUUCCAAUUCCGGGAUUCCGGCAUGGCAGAGAUCCCAAUCCGCCGCCGCCGACCCUGGUUCCGACCCGCCAGUCCCAGAAGCUACAGCUACCAUAGACCAAGCGAGGAAGUUCCUUGAGGAUGAAGAAGUACAGAAGGCCACGAGAGAGCGCAAAGUCGAGUUCUUGAAGAGCAAGGGUAUUGAGGAAGGCGUUAUCCUCGAGCUCCUGAAUGAAGAAGGAAAGAAAGCGCUGCCAAAGGCUGUUGAAGAUGCUGCGCAAGAGCCCACGACGGCUUCUACGAGUCCCGAUACCGUGACAGCCGAGGCAAAAGAAGACCGCCCGCCGAUUGUCACAUAUCCUGAAUUCCUCACCAAGCCCGCUCGAGCGCCUCCAUUAGUUACCGCCAAUGGGUUUCUCAACACUCUAUAUACGUUUGCCGGCAUAUCCACCCUUAUUUACGGCACAAGCAACUUCGUGCUGACACCCAUGGUUGAAUCCCUUACCGAGGCGAGAGUGUCUUUACAUGACACCGCGAACCAGAACCUUGGCAAACUGGUGACGAAGCUUGAGGACAUUGUAUCCGAGAUACCGGGCGCGAAGAAGGCAGAUUCGACAGGGCACCCCUUGGAAGACGACGAAGACACCGAGUACGAUGACCCGACGGAGAUGUUUCAUCGUGACAUUGGAGUCCAGACUUCCCUACCAUCCAGCCCUGUAGAAGGCACAGGGCAGACAUUGAUGUUGACAGAGAGUCCGAGCAUACAGCAGGCGCGCCGGCUGAGGGAGCUGGUAGCAUCGGCCAAGGAGAUCAGCGGGGGCAUUAUUGCGCACAGCGAGGACUACGCAGAUGUCAAGACUCUUCUCGACGUUUUCAAAGACGAGAUGGAUCAGUUGAGUUAUCCUAUACAUGAUUUUGUUGGCAGCAGCUCGCUGUACGGCGGUAUCAAUAGGAACGAGCCGGACGAUGAAAUCAAGAGAGCCAAGGAGAACAUUCGGCGCGUCAAGGGAGUCUUACUGAGCGCCCGCAGCUUCCCGGCCGGCACCAGGUAGCGAUUUGAGAGGCCCGAGGGCGGGGAUUGACUUGUAUUAUCAACGAGGGAACAUGCCAGGAGCGUUGAGUGGAGGAGGAUGUUCUACGGAUUACACUGGCACAAUAUCUAUCUACUGCGUAUAAGUAGUAUGACCUCUAUUUGUAGACCUGCAAAUGCAACGAAUUCCAUAUCACAUAUCUACAGGUACAAAGGAGGGGUGUACGGACUUGGUAGGAAAUACAGAUUACAUACUGCAUACCUAUCAUUGGUAUCACUGACUGAAUUUAGUCCGCCCUUGGCGGCCAUGUGAUCGCAAAACCCUGACCACCCCUGGAUGCGAGACAGCGGGGUUUGGUCUCGAGCUGCCCCUCGAAUUGUUUCGCUGCGGAGAA